AUCCAUCACGUCCUUGACGACUCAUUGCCUUUGUACUGCCACCUCGACAACUCAGCCCCUUUAUACUUCCUUUCAUGUGUAGGAACACUGUAUUACACGUAUAUAUAUACGCUAAUUUACCACCAACGUUCUUCGGUACCAGACCAUCAUCCACACAACCGCUCUAUCCACAAAAGAUUCCACACGAUCGUGCAACUACUACUACCCCGAAGCUGCGCGCUAAAAAGGAAAUGCCAUUGGAAUAGUUACACCAGAUCAACACCACGUACUCUCUUUGUAGUACGCUGCCGCGAUGCGGUCCACUCUAUCCCUGUACUCGUCUGUCACCGCCAUCCUUUUUGCACUACAAGCCACAGGUCAAGAUGUCAACAGCAAGGCAGAAGUUGGAAUAGAGGUCUUGCGCACAGUCGAGUGCUCCAGAAAGACGGUAAAUGGAGAUGCUAUCAAGGUUAACUACCGUGGCACGUUUCAGAGCGAUGGCAGCGAGUUCGACAACAGUUAUGACCGUGGCGAGCCGAUAGGGUUCACGUUGGGGAAGCACCAGGUCAUCACCGGGUGGGAUAUGGGCCUACUGGGGAUGUGUAUAGGCGAACAAAGACGUUUGACGAUUCCUCCUGAGUUAGCGUAUGGCCAUGAUGGUACUGGUCCGAUUCCACCGGAAAGUACACUGAUGUUUGACACUGAGCUGAUGGAUAUUGCUGGAGUUGGCGUCGGUGACUUUACAGAUGCAGACGGUGGCCCUGAUGCGCAACCUGCUGAAGACAAAGAGCAUGGAGGAGAUAAGCCUGAAGGCGAUGGUGAAUGCCGUCUGCUGGGACCGUUCGCAUUGAUCGUCCAAGGAGCAUUGGGUGCUCUGGCUCUGCUCUCUCUGGUAUUCAAGCGGUGGCGCGAGUCUCCACGGCGUCCGAUCAAGGUUUGGUCCUUUGACGCGUCGAAACAAGUCGUCGGCUCAAUCCUUCUUCACGUGGCCAACCUUCUCAUGUCAAUGCUAUCGUCUGGAGAUUUCGAUAUCGCCGCAAAGACAAAGGAAGCAGUGGAGAACAAGCAACCCAACCCUUGUUCGUUCUAUCUCCUCAACCUGGCUAUCGACACUACCCUGGGCAUCCCCAUACUUGUUAUCUUGUUGAAGGUGCUCCAUCACGCCUUCCUCCUCACUCCUCUCGCUCGACCACCGCAAUCCAUCAAAUCCGGCCACUACGGCUCCCCACCUCGUGUGUCAUGGUGGGCCAAGCAAUCGCUCAUCUACUUCCUCGGCCUGAUUGGCAUGAAACUCUGCGUCUUCUUCAUCUUCAAGCUGCUCCCCUGGAUUGCGUGGGUCGGCGACUGGGCACUGCGCUGGACAGAGGGUAACGAGGCAGUACAAAUCACCUUUGUCAUGUUCAUCUUUCCGCUCAUCAUGAACGCCAUGCAGUACUACAUCAUUGAUACUUUCAUCAAGGACCACGCAGGUGGAGAGGAGAGCGGGGAGUAUCAGCAGGUAGACGGCGAUGAGGAUGAAGAGACGAGGAGAAUUCGUGAGGCAAGGGAGUGGGAGGAUGCGGAUAGUGACAACGACGAGAACGAACCAUUGACGGGCAGGGAGACACUCAAGGAGGCCAACCCGACUGCAGUGCCGGUAAGAGAUCGGGAUGGAGGGCACAGCAGUUCGAGCAGUAGGAGUGAGCGGAAAGGUGGUUUGCUUGGAAAGGAAGCCAAGACGAAAUAAUCAAUUUUGUUAAUAUUUGUACGAUAGACGCGCCGAAAGCCAAUACAGUUUUUUGAGAUUC